UGAGCGUUUAGACCAGUACUGGAGUGAAUCGCUACGGGGUUGUUUUGGCUGUAUUUUCUCAAACCGAAACAGGAGGAUUAACGGACACAAGCGACGUUUGUAUAAUUCCUCGAAUAAUAUCGCGCUAAUGAUGCCCGGACAGGCGUCGGUGACGGUGGCCAUCGGUCCACAGAAAUCGUCCGCUUUUGUUUUGAAGAAGAUUAUGAACAUUCCUCCUCCAAACAUACUGGAGGAUCAAGAUGACGAUAUUGAGAAGGAGAAACAGGGUUCGACCGGCGAUGGGACGUCCGGUGGCAGCGGCGGUUCAGGCGUCUCCGCCUCUCUCACCCCUGCCAUCUGGGACAAAACCAUCCCGUACGACGGCGAGACCUUCCACCUGGAGUACAUGGACCUGGACGAGUUCCUGCUGGAGAACGAGAUUCCCGUCACGCUGGAGGAGGAGCUGAACAAGUGUCCUGAGGUGGAGAGGCAAGACGGCGACACGCAGGAUUCCUCCGCAAGCUCCGAUGAGCCGGCGACCGUCCCAGAGAUGCCUGAGGAGGAAAACAAGGACGAAGAGCCUGAGGAUGACCCGCUCACUGAGAGCAUUGAGACGACAACAGAAUCCAAAGUCACUCCCAACCGCGUGACGCCUACUCCGACCGACCCGGAGGAGAUCGAGGUGAACGUGCCCUUUCAGCCGGACCCCACGGAUCUGGUCCUUUCCAGCGUUCCCGGAGGAGAGCUCUUCAAUCCACGGAAACAUCGCUUCUCAGAGGACGAGCUCAAACCACAACCCAUGAUCAAGAAAGCCAAGAAAGUGUUUGUUCCUGAAGAGGCGAAGGAUGAGAAAUACUGGUCACGGAGGAAGAAGAACAACAUGGCGGCGAAGCGCUCGCGUGAUGCCCGGCGUCUUAAAGAGAACCAGAUCGCCGUCCGCGCGGCUUUCCUAGAGCGGGAAAACGCCGCGCUGCGACAGGAAGUGGCCGAGCUGCGCAAAGACUGCGGCCGCUGCAAGAAGAUCAUGUCGCUGUACGAGGCCAAAUACGGCUCGCUGUGAGGGACACGUUUCACCCCGCCACGCAUCAGUCUCCCUUAUAAUUCACAACGCAGUUACGCAGCCGGGGAUUGUGGGUAAUGCGGCGCCGCGCGGGAGGUGGACGAGAAUGACGCGAGCGCGUGCUUUUAAGAGGACGUUUUAAGGGUCUAGAAGACACAAAACACAUGAUAACACAGCAUAACCUUUGACCUCCUCAUACCUCAUUCUGCUCUCUCCACGACCCCAUGUGACCCGAGCGGUGAGUUUGUAAGAGGUUUAUUCGGUAUGAAGACCGACUGGAAAAGCCGCCAAGACGACAAGUUAGCGUUCAAACUGAGAGUGUCUAGUCGUGGAAAAUGACUUUCCAACUAUUUUCGGCUAGUUUUUAACCUGUUUCUUCCUUUUAUGCACUCGACACGUCGUCUAAUGUUUGUGUACAAGAGGUUUUUUGCAGAAAACAAACGCAUGACCCUCGAUAUGAAGCAAUUACUUUCUUUAUUCUGUGAAAACGGAUCGGACGAUCGCGGUUUGCGAAGACAAGAUGUCAGAAGAAAGAAGAGUCUGUAAAUACACGCUUGUGUCUGUCCACUAGUGUCGUUCUUCCGGAAAGAUCUCAAUCAUGUAAAAAGUGACAUUUCUAUCAUGCAGAUUUUUAACUCUGUGUGCUUCGUUCAAACGCGUCUUCACAGGCAGUUAACCGGGGCGAUUAUUUUAACAUAAGCGUCUGUGCAAGAGUUUAACUGUGAGUGACUGGAUCUGGUUUGUUUUCAGGGUUUAAUCCAGGGCAAUAAUGUGCGAUUCAUUUUUACCUCAGAUUAGAUGUUUCUAACAGGUGUUUUUUAUUUAUUUAAAAUGAAUUUUUUAGUCGGGCAGCUCAGCGUCAGUUGAAAACAUAAGCGUAAUGAAUUUCUGAGUAAAAUGUAUUUGUUUUUAUUCUUACCAAAUGACGAGUUCAUUAUUGCAUUUUAAUGAAUAAUAAAAAAUAAUAAUAAUAACAAUAAUGCAUUUUUAGAUAAAUUAUUGCAUUGGUCAAACCAUUGUGGCGUAAGCAUGGUUUGCUUCAGUCGAUGACAUUAGUGUAAGCAGCACUAGCAUCACUAGAGUCUCACGUUUAUUGUGUUUUUUACUGGUUUUCCAAGAUGUUGUUGUAUUUUAAAAUGGCAGAAAGUAAUAAUGUGCUUCCAGUGUUUAUGGAUUUUGAUAGAUUACACUUGUCAUGUCAUGUUUUUAACCCUCAGAAAAUUCAUGAACACCACAAAGUGUGCUUACAAUUAAAUUACAUUUUUUUUUAUAAAUUGUUUUCCUUUUUUUAAUUCGUUAUAUACUUUUGACUGAUCAUAUUUUACAUUUACAUUACUUUUCACUGUUUUUGCUUUUAAAUAUUAUAUUUGUGUGUCAACAAAGAAUAUAUUAAAAAUAUAUAACAUUUUGAAGUAAUGUAACUGAAAUGCAACUUAAAUUUCAAGUCUAACUUAAAUUUUACUCUGUUGUAAUAUAUAAUAGUUCAAAUAUAUAUAAAAUGUGUGCCUAUAUAUAUAUAUAUAUAUAUAUAUAUAUAUAUAGACGCACAUGUUUUAUUAUAAUUAUAUAAUACACUAUAUAUAUAUAGAUCAAUAUAUACACGCACACACAUACAGACACAUUUUUAUUUUUUGCAUUUUAAACAAUGUCGUAACCCAUCAGGACUGUGUUUCUGUAAAACGGGUUUCUAGCACUUGCAAGCAAAUCUGUUGUAUAUUGACGAGUCGUUAGUGCAUGCUGUUGUCAUGGUGACACUGUGCAGUGGGCGUGUCCUUCUCUUCCAUUUAUGGAAAAAUCUCUGUCCCAUUUUUUGAUAGUUUUGUUGUUUGAACUCUUUCUACUUCUGUUCUACUUCUGUAUUUUAAUUCUACAAACCAAACCAAACUCUCCUGUUGAUCACUGUGUUCCAAAUGUACAAGAAUGAAGUUUGUUUUUAUAGGCCAAGUUUGUGUUUUCAGCCGAUUUGUGACGUUGGCCUUGGGUUUCUGUUAUAAUCUGUCAUAUAGACUCCAGACGCUGAGUUCUACAUUGGACUCUAUGAAACUCAAAUGUAGCAUUUUGACUCGUUUCCGUCUUUAAUAAAACAUUUAAAUAUAUGGAUUUUUUUUUUUUUAAAAAUGACUGUUUUUUUUUAAGAGUGCUGUUGUUUUUAUAAGUCCCUUUCCUCUGGUGUAACGCAGUAUGUUAUGACUGUAUCCCUUAUCAUGCAUAUUAAUAAAGUCGGAUAUCAGUGAUUUGACCUUG